ACCGUUCCUGACUCGGCGCGCAAUGAUGGAGUCCUCUUCGUCGUCGUCUUCUAAGCUUUCGCCCUCUCCUUCUUCCGCAUUCUCCUCUCCUCCCUCCUCCUCCUCCUCCUCCGCCUCUUCAUCCUCGUUGCCUGCUUCGAACUACGCGCCGAGCCGGUCAGGGUUGAGCGGCCAGCAGGACGUGGCACGUGGCCGACGGCCUCACCGUUGGGUGCUUCGUAAUCCCUUCGUGUUUCGCGUGGGGACCACCAUGACAGGUGUCGGCGUCGGAUGCGGUGUCGGGAUCGGGGUUGGAAGACCUAUCAAUCUUGCUGCGUUGCCAGCCGUUGGACCUGCAUUAGGUGGUGGGGUCAGCAGUAUUCAGGGCUCAUUGAGUGGCGCUUCUGGGCAGGUUCAAAAAGGGGUUAACCUUCUGGGUGGAAAGCUUGGUGUGAAAGGUCUGAAGGCCGGCAUUGGCUGCGGGGUCGGCAUCGGUUAUGGGUUUGGAGUUGGGCUGGCCCUGAAGCCUGGUGUUGGUGAGGAAAUCCUCAACACACUGAAGGAUGGUGUCGCUUCACUGACCGAGUAUGUGAUGACAAAGUGGGGACCACAAGAUGAAAACAGAUCUGAAAAGGCUCAACAGAUCUUAUCUGGGAUGCUUCUUCAAGGAAGAGCCUUCGGGCAACAGGGUUCUGCUGUCUCAAGCCAUGUUGCUGGAACUGCCUGGCCUAACAGAGAAGCGACGACUUCAUCAUCGCCGUUUGUGUCCGCGGUUGCCGGCCAGGAAGCUUCUCGGGCUCACAAGCUUUCCGCACAACCGUCGAGCCUGACGCAGACAGCUGGAGGAACAGCAGGUUCAAAGCUAGCUGGCAAUGACAACAGGAGAAAAGACGGAGGACAGAGCCGAAAACAUGGGGAUGAAGAUGAUAUGCCAAGCCGCAUGAGGGUGGAGGUGGACAGACUUCAAUCAGAAAAUGAGCAGUUGAGAGCUCUUCUGAGACACGAGAAUGAGAUCGCAGCUCUGAGAGACGAGAACGCAGCAUUGAAGCGCUUUCUAACAGAGGUCUUGGACGUGGAGGUGGAUGGCUUUCGCACUUUCUCGUCAGGCUCACAGGAUGACAUGGUCCUCAGCCGGCUGAGGUGUUUUGAGUGCCGAAGGCGACAGAGACGUCGAUGACUCCAUCCAUGUCCUCCUCCCCAUGCAAUCCCGCCUCUUCUUUUCCGCUGUCCACUCUCUUUUUCUCCUGCUGCUGUCGUUCUCAAUGGGCACGUCUCGUACAUGGAUGGCAUUGCGUGCGAGCGUCGAACGACAUCGCGCGAAGGCAGCGGACUCAAGAAGAUAGGUAUUAUGUCUGUCUUGAGUGCAUCUGGCCCUUACCUCGGGUUGGGUACGUGCAGGAAAGCGUUGGUGUGAUCAAUGUCCUUAGUUUGAGAAAGAAGCAUCUCCUGUCCUGUGAUUUGUCGGAUGGAUGGAGCGAUUCCGCUGACGAGCCCAUGGGAGUCGUUGCCGAGGUGGUAAAUGUCAUGCGUCAUGCGCUCCCGAAGAAAUGGAAUCCUCUUCUCGCGAUCGGGGACGAUAUGUUUUGACAAACACGACAAAGCGACUCUGGGAAAAAGCAGAAAAAGCAUGAAGUGCAGCAGCACCGAGUGAGUCGUCAGAGACACUGGCUUCAAGCAGUCGACAUCUUGAUUGAUGGUGCGACCGCACGCAAACAUUGGCAUUGACUCCUGAGGAGUUGUUCCUCCCGACCUUCAAGAUUGAUUGCGCUCCCCAAGUUACAGAUUUGGAUUCGAUUGCCAUCGUGUUUGUUCAAUGAUACAACAACACGGACGAUGCACACAGAAUA